AUGUUUUUUUGCUGUCUUAGGAGUACUCGAGGCUCAGGCCUCAGAAAAGACAAGCGUGAAGGCUGUGGUGGUGCCUGGAGACGCAGGCUUCACACUUGCCUCCAACGUCUCUGGCCAUUUUGCCGGACAAAAACAGAUCUGCCCCAGGACAGCGAGGACCAGGGCUACAUUGACAAGGGUCCUGCCCCAAGGGACCAGAAACAGCGUUGUGGAGAGUCCCCCAUCAGUGCAGACACCUUGGAAAAGCUGGUGAACCACCUGGUGCCUUCCCUGCAGGCUGGGGACCCCUUCUUUGUCCCCGCCUUCCUGUGCACAUACCGAAGGUUUGCCACCACCCAGCAGGUGCUGGACCUGCUGUUCAAGCGGUAUGCACACUUCCACCCUUCCUGUGAAGAGGAUGAACAAGUAAAGAACACCCUCUGCACCUUCCUGGACACAUGGAUAGAUAAGAACCCUGAGGAGUUUUGUCAGACCUCAGACCUGUCCAUUCUGAGGAAGCUGAAGACCUACCUGAUUGUGAACAUGCCUUAUUCAGAUCUCAUCGUUCGUGUCCACAAGCUUCUAACCAAGUUGCAGAAAGAAGAGGCCAGUGAGUCACAGAGAGAGGAUGAGGAAGACUCAAAUCAGUGGAGCCACGCCUCUGAAGACCCAGAGCUUGAAGUGUGUUAA